UUCAGUGCAUGUCACAGUUUCUGCCUGGUCGGAGAUUCACACUUCAUCAGGCUGUCCAGUACUGUGGGUACACUUCCUUUGUGACAAAGUUUGGCCGAUUCACUGGGAGGAACCUAAACAUGCCCAACUAUAAUCCUUGGAAGUUCCAGUACGAUCUUUACACAAAUGAAACUUGUCAUUACAGCGGUUACCAUCCUGGAUCCAAAAUCCCUCAACUCCUGGCACCAGAAACCUGGGUUAUAGUGAGGUGUAUCUUCCAAGUGGCUGGAAUUAAUCACGAGGAAACGACGGAAAUGUUCUGGACUUGUUGCAGAUAACCAAAAGGAUGAAAAAAAAUAGAGUACAUGUCUUCAAAAGAUUUU